GUAUCUAUACGCCAACGCGUAGUGCAUCUUCGUCGUCGAUCUUCGUCGCUUGACGCAAUCCGAGUCGCGAUCUAGCAUUUCCGAUAUCCAGGAGGAAACGGCUCGCUCGCACGCGGGAUCGAGAAAUAAUAUUGUCCACAGCGGGGCGACGCGCGUGAAACAGGUUGAAAGGGGAACGUCAGCACGCACAGGCCGCAACCUAUAUUUUUGUACCUCCAUGAAAGGGCCAUGUAACCUAUGUCAGUGAAGUGUAACAAAUGGAAGGUUUUAAGGUGAAAGAUGAACCGAUGGAUGCAUUAGCCAUAGACAGUCAGGUUAUGGUAAACCAUUUGUAUGAAACGGCAGCAGGAUGAGAACAUUGUGAGCGUGGUGCUUAAGGAGGAACCAGGUGACAGAUUUGAUCCCGACUACAUGGAGGAUAUUUGCUCCGGCACUUUCGACAAGGGCACUUUAUUUUUGCCUAUCGAAAACAAUGAGGUGGAUUUCUCCAAUGAAAUGGUAAAGUUAGAAUUGGAAGGGGAAUCUACUAGCCAUCAGAACUGGGCAGCACAGAUAGCAAGCGCAAAUUUAUGUGACAAGGAGGAUGCUGUGAUGCAACGAUGUUUGGCUAAUACAAAUUUUAUACAAGCACAGGAUCUUGACAAGCAUGGAUUCUGUCAAAACGGUCAGCAACCAAAAUUUUACAAAAUACAAUGCUCAAUUUGUAAGAAAUGGUUUUUGAACAAUGAUUCUAUGGUGACGCAUCUGAGAAUGCACUGCAGCGGAAAUCAAUGUGAGGUUUGCCAACAAAGUUUUACUGACAAUUCUAGCUUGCAUGCCCACAUGUUAACUCAUGUUGGAAUGAGUCCGUUAGAGUGCCACAUUUGCCAAAAGUUAUUCCCUUAUAAAUGGAGCUUGAGAAAUCACAUGCAAUUGCAUGUAUUGGACAAACCGUACGAUUGCGACGCGUUACAGCAAGCUUUUAUGAAGCGAGCGGGCUUGAACGAUCAAAUGAUGGAUGAGAGAUUUUUUGAAUGCGACGUAUGUCACAUGACGUUCAAGGAGAAGCUUAAUUUAAAUCGACACAUGUCCAGUCACACGGCGGACAGGCCCUACAAAUGCACAAUCUGUUUCGAGGCGUUUAAGGAAAAGACGAAAUUGAACAUGCAUUUGCCGCUUCACGCUGCAAACAAGCAUUUUAAAUGCACGCUCUGUCACAGAUCCUUCGCUCAGAAAACGGCGCUCAGCAAUCACAUGCUGGCACACAGUGGCGAGAAGCCGCACGCAUGUAAUAUCUGCGAGAAAACGUACAAGAGGAAAUCGGAAUUAAUUAGGCACACCAUGGUACAUACUGGCGAGAGACCAUACGAGUGCAAGGAAUGCUUAAUGACCUUUCGCGAGAAAGCCAAAUUAAAUUCGCAUAUGCUUGUUCAUACGGGCGAGAAACCACACGAAUGUCACAUCUGUCAUAAAGCGUGUGCGCGGAAGUCGGAUUUGAACAGUCACAUGCUGUUGCACACCGGCGGUCAAUACGACUGCAAGGUUUGCGACAAGAUCUUCACGAGGAAGUCGGAUCUGAACAGACACACCUUGAUACAUACCGGCGAAAAGCCGUUUGCGUGCAAUAUGUGCGACAUGGCCUUUCGGGAGAAGACGAGAUUGAAUUCGCACAUGCUCAUACACACGGGCGAUAAGCGGCACGCGUGCCAUAUUUGCCAGAAAACGUUCAAGGAGAAAUCGUCGUUGAGGAAACAUAUGUUAAGUCACACCGGCGACAGACCAUACGAGUGCUACGUGUGUCACAAAGCCUUCACGCAGAAAACUACGUUGAACAGCCAUAUUAUGGUUCACGCCGGUGAAAGACCCUUCGAAUGUAGUACUUGUCAAAAAAUAUUCAAGGACAAAGCAGCGUUGAAAAAACACUUGUCGAUGCACGUCAACGAGAAAACUCACGAAUGUCUUAUUUGUAUGAAAAAAUUCGCUCAUAAAGCAGCAUUAAAUAGUCACCUAUCCACGAAUCACAUAUCCUAACUACACGGAUCUAGUCUAUUACGGCUUUCUGUUUCUUUACAUUGAGCACCGUAUGUUUGUAGUUGUAUAGCAUAUUUCCAUGAUUACACCUGUAUCUCUGUUUUAUAUGCCAAUAGGUCCGAUAAAGUCGUAUUUUUUCCUGUGUAUGGAGAAAUAAUAAAAAUUAAUUUCUAAGUAA